GUUCGUUUGCCGCUACGACUACUACCUUUCUGCUUCUUGCCAGAAUAAUGACCAUCCUUCCUCGACAUCCUGGAGCAAAAUGAAAUACUCGACAAGAUCGUGAAUCUGAAUCAUGGCUUCGAAGAACUUCUCUUUCAAGAAAAUGUCAGACGCGCACUCUGAUGACACUCAACUACCCAGUCUACCCUACCAACACUCCUGGGAGAUAUCAGAACUCCUCAAGACGAUGGAUCCGAAAGAAAAAAGACGUUGGGGAUCUGACCCUGUCUACAUUCCCACUCUACAGUUAUUAUCUGAAGACCUGGAAGAGAUCGACGAGAUGGAUGAUAACACAAAAGAAGAAGAACAGCAACCAACCAGCGCUCAAGCUACCGAAGCAACAGAGAAAGAGGAAGCCGUGGACCAAAAAGCUGGAAAUAACGACAUUGACGACUCGGCGCAAAGUAGUCCACUCCGAUUAAAGAUACUCGGCAAGCAAGACAAUCAACCUCCAGCAUCGAUAGGAUCUUACCUACCGUCUCUUUUAGAAGCUGGACUCUCGCACUUUCGUCGGCCGCAGCUAGAUAUCCUGUUAGGUAUCGUCUGGCUCCUUGCUUUUACCCAUGGUCUCUAUAUCUGGCGGAUACACUCUCCUCCUGAUGGCGAUGCUUUGGUCGCGAUGCAGCUAAAGCGUCACUUGAUGGCGGGCUUUUGGGCAAGCAUUAUUGCAUCGUGUGUAAGAAGAAUAAGAAGUACUUGGAAGGCAUUCAAAACGAAGUGGGGGUUGUAAGCGAGUAUGAGGGAGUUUUGUACUUAAAGAGUAAAUCAAUAGCUUGAAAUAGCUUUGUGCUUCUUGACCUCAUGCACGGAGUGCUUGAAUAUUGGUAUAUGUCAACCUCGUCGAGACUAAGGAUUAGCUUCUAGUAUCGGUCAGGUUGGACUCACUUGGGUAACUCCAGGAUAGGAGCAUGCUCCUGCAAGAAAGAUUCGGCACCCGGUGGUAGAGGAGUGUCAAAAGUGUGAUGGUACCUGCAGCCGUUUUGUGAUUAGUGUUUAGCAAAUUCACAGCCCGUCAUAUGGUCAGCACAGUGGGUAAGCC